CACAUCUCUGAUCCUGAGCCCUUCUCUUGAUUCACAUAUAUAUAUAGCUACCUUUUUAGCUACACAAAGCUUGCUCGCCAACAAUGGCUGCAGGUGGAGCUUCCUUUCUUGCUGCUGUUGCUGUUUUCUCCAUGCUGAUUAUGUCGUCUCAGGGCAAUCCGAGGCCUUUAUGCAGUGACUGUGGGACGCUGUGCAGUACCAAGUGCAACGAGGAGGCUAAAACUUUCUGCAGUGGUGCCUGCUACAACCCUCGGGAAGGCUGCGAGAGGCAGUUGUUCGAUGAGUGCACUGCAGACGGUACCUGCUGCAGUAGCAACGGCACAUGCACUUGUGACUGCAAGACCGAAGCUCAAAGGCGUUGCAGCAGCCUCACCGACAACUACACAGAUUGCCAAGCUUGCACUAACAGCAUAUUUAAUCAGUGCAACACCCCCUGUAACAGCGACUGCAACAACAACUGCAAGAAGAAAGGGUGUCAUGCAUAGGAAUAGCAUGACUAAUGAUGGUUGUGUCUUGUGCUUGUGCCGACAUUCGCGUUUGAAGCUUUUUAUGUUUUCAUUGAUUUUUUUGUAAACAUGCGCCAUGACCUGGUUUUGUGUGAUAGCAUAGGAGGAAUGGGUCAUGGAGCAUCACCUGCGGC